UACACAGUCACAGAGUACAUAAUCCGACCAUGGCCAUGGCCGUGCAUGCGGCGGCCGGAGUAUCUGCGGUGGCACAAAUCCCAUCUGCAACUACCUCGUAUUCUGUUGAAAUUUCUCAUCAGCAGAGUCCAUUUCUUACUCUUUCCUCCAUUUCCCCUUAUCUUGUCAAGCUCAGUAAAGUAACUGCUCAUUGUCACAAGAAGAGGUUUAUUAGUGCCAAAGCCACUAAAUCUGAGUCGGGAGUAAACCCAAAGCAAGGUGUUGCUGUGUAUAAGCCCAGAUCAUAUGAAGUUCUUAUAUCUGAUGCUGCCACUUCUCUUUUCUAUGCUCUCCAAGAUGGGAAAACCCGGCUUGAAAUCGAGUUCCCUCCGUUGCCCAGCAGCAUUUCUUCUUAUAAGGGGUCAUCUGAUGAGUUCAGUGAUGCCAACAUCCAACUUGCAUUGGCUCUUGUUAGGAAGCUACAAGAGAAGCAAGAAACAAGAGCAUGUAUUGUAUUUCCUGAUAAGCCAGAAAAGCGUAGGGCAUCAGAGCUUUUCAAAGCAGCUUUUGACUCGAUUGAUGGUAUAACUGUUGGAUCCUUGGAUGAUGUUCCUAGUGGGGCAGUCACAACAUUCUUCAAAUCCAUAAGAGACACAUUGGAUUUUGACUUUGAAGAUGAAAAUGAAGGUCGUUGGAAAUCCGACCAGCCACCAUCACUUUAUAUCUUCAUCAAUUCGAGCACACGCGAUUUGUCGAUUAUCGAGAAGUUUGUGGAAAAAUUUGCUUCUUCCACCCCAACUAUUCUCUUUAACUUGGAACUUGACACAUUACGUGCUGAUCUGGGUCUCUUAGGAUUUCCAAGCAAAGAUUUACAUUAUCGUUUCCUUGCCCAAUUCAUUCCCAUUUUUUACAUUCGAAUAAGAGAGUACUCAAAGACAGUUGCCGUGGCACCUUAUGUGGUGAACUACAGUGGAGCAUUAUUUCGUCAAUAUCCAGGGCCUUGGCAGGUGAUGUUCAAGCAAGCAGAUGGUUCUUAUGCUUGUGUAGCAGAGAGCACUACUCGUUUCACUCUCGGUGAAACUAAGGAAGAACUGCUGAGGGUCUUAGGACUGCAGGAGGAAGAAGGAAGCUCAUUGGAGUUCCUUCGAAGAGGCUACAAGAGCGCCACUUGGUGGGAAGAAGAUGUAGAUACAGAACUAUCUUCCGCAUGGCGUAGCUGAACAUCGGAGCUACAAAUUUGGUAUUAGAAAUGCAGAAAUACGCAGAAACCAGAAGAAAGUAACGAAGUCGAACUCCACAUGGAAAGUUACAAGAAGAUCCAUCAACAAGAAAGGGGGAAAACAAAAUUGAAUUUGUUACUAGAUGUAUGUUUCCGGAUCCCUUUGAACCUUUGUUUCUUCAUAUAUAUUCGUGUUAGUUUCAGAGUUGCAAUUCAGCAGUUUUUCUACUUGAGAAAUGAGCAAGACUUGGAGUUUCAAGUAUAGUGUUUUACUGCUGAUUACUACUCAUUGUACCUACCAAAAUUUCUUGAAGGUGUAUUCUUGGAAAUUUCUCCGACCUUGUUAUUCUUACGGUAUGUAUCAAUCAUUCAACUA